AAUGUAUUCCACGAAGAAGAAAAGGGCCACAUAGAAGAAGAAGCACAUCGAGCAUUUUGGGUUGACAGUGUUUGGCAGCUUAUGUAAAAGUGAUUUAAUCACGGACAUUGACGUGUAUGUGUCCCGCGGAUAGAGGACAAUGUCUAGCCGGGCGCUGCGAAGGCUGCGAGGCAAACAGCGGGGUCAGGAGGCCUUGGACCUCGGGGAACUAGCUUUGGAUGGCAGCCCAGAGGAGCAGUCCGAGGAGGAACAGCCGCAAGAGGCUACUACUUCUCACCCGACUGACAACAAAGACCGAGGUCGAAAGGCAAAGAAGAGCAAGGCGCAGAAAAACGUCAGCAACAUUUAUGAGCUGAUAUGUGAUCAAGACAAUGAGAAAAUCGUACCUGAUGAAGAAGUGGAGAAACCAGAUGUAAACAAAAUAAGUGGCAUGGAAAAGAAUGAUAAUGGAGACCCUGACAAACCUGACGCAAAGGAACAGGAAACAUCUUCUAAGUCUACAUCUGAAGACAGAGUUAAAAAGAAGAAGAAAAAGAAGAAGACAAAAGGAAGGUCAGAGAAUGGACAGGCUGUUCAGGAUGAUAACAUAGAUGUAUUGCUGGAGAAUCUGGACCAGCCCAAUAGUCUGAGUUUGCAAAAUGAAGAUUGUGGAGGCUCUGAGAGAAGAUCUGUUUUACACGUGGAGCACAGGAAUCUCAACCCAGAGACGGAGCUAAAGAAAUAUUUUGGUGCUCGGGCUGUUGUUGGGGAUCAGAGACCUCGACAUAGAAACAGGCAGUUUCACCGUAGCACCUGGAUGACCAGUCCCAAGGAGAGCUGGCCUCGCUUCAGCCGAACAGGAAUCUCAAUGACGUUACUGCAGUCAAAGGAUGGCAUUCAUUACUUCACCUUUGAGCACAGUCGUGACUACCAACAAGUGCAGUUCAAGUUCCUGGAUGCGGUCGAGUCCAUGGAUCCUAACAACAUUGUUGCCUUGCUACAGCUUAACCCUUACCACAUUGACUCGUUGCUGCAGCUAUCAGAUGUCUGUCGCAUACAGGAGGAUCAGGAGAUGGCAAGGGACCUGAUUGAAAGGGGCUUGUACUGCUUUGAAUGUGCUUGUCACCCAUUAUUUAGCUUGACAUCAGGUGCCAGCAGACUCGAUUAUCUGAGACCCGAAAACAGGGCUUUUUAUCUUGCUCUGUAUAAGCACAUGAUGUUCCUGGAGAAGCGUGGGUGCCCACGGACGGCUUUGGAGUUCUGCAAAUUCAUCCUUAGUUUGGACCCAGACUCUGACCCACUCUGCAUGCUCCUGCUCAUUGAUUUUCUGAUGCUGCGCUCCAGAGAGUACCAGUCUCUCCUCCAGUUAUAUCAGGACUGGGGGGAGCACAGAAACCUGUCCCAGCUGCCGAACUUUGCGUUCUCCGCCGCACUUUGCCAUUUUCAUCUCAGUCAGGAGGAAGAUUUGGAUCCUGAGGAAAGUGUCAAACAAAGAUGCAAAGCUGACCAGAUGCUGCAGGAAGCCCUCGUCAUGUUCCCUGGAGUCUUGAUGCCUCUACUGGAUCUGUGCACUGUGCAGCCUGAUGCAGCAGUCACCUCACAUGCUUUCUUUGGUCCAAAAUGUCGCAUAGGGCAGCUGCCAGCUCUGGCUGAACUGACAGCUCUGUACGUGGGGAGGACUUACAUCAUGUGGAAGGAGGCAGCAGUAAUGCUUUGGUUGGAAGAGUCGGUGAGAGAAGUGUUGCAUCGAGUUGAUGCCAAAGAUCCUCUGGUGCUGGACUGUCAAAACAGGAGAAGCCAGAGGUACCAGAGUGCACCAAGGAACAUCCAUCGCCAUGUCCUGCUCUCUGAGAUCAAGGAAGCCACCUCAUGUCUGCCUUUAGAGGUGACCACUCAGCCUGUGAUGGGCUUUGACCCUCUGCCUCCACUGGACUCGGUGACAUCUUAUACCCGACCACAGAGACAACAUGUUGGUGCAACCAAUGAGAGUACACUGUCGCUGUUUUUCCGGUCUCUGCUGCCAAAUUUCAACCUUCAGGGUGGACUGAGGCAGGAGGACAACAUGGAGGUGGCUCGAGCUGGUCAGGAGCUGAACCAGGAGGUGAACCGUCUCAUGGUUGCGAUGAGGGACAUGUUGGCAAACAUCAGGUUUCAGGAGCCACCGCGAGAGGACAACAACCUCAGAGACGAGGAGGAAUGGGACUGAGAAAAGGGUGAAAGACUGGGAAUAAAAAUAAAAAAAAGAGCUGAGGAUGCUGACAACCAAGAAAUUUUUUAAAACACAUUAUUGACAUCGUGUGUGAGAAUAGUAAGACGUAAUUGUAUAUUUUAAUUGUUAUAAUACAAAAAUGGAACACA